AGAUUUCCUUUUGGGAUGCUGAAAAUGUUCUGGAACUAAAUAGUGGUGAUGGUUGCACAACACCGUGAAUGGACUAAAUUCCACUGAGUUGUAUGAUUUAAAAUGGUUAAAAUGGUGAAUUUUUUGUUAUGUGAAUUUUACCUCAAUCAAUAAAAUAACAAAAAAGGAAAACCAACCAACCCAGGUGUGGAAGAAGAGGAGGAAGGAAAAGAUGAGGAAGCCAGAACACUUCUCUGAGCGUAGUUUCCUCCUCUGUAACAUGGUGAUAAGAAUGUCCCCAUCCACCAGCUGGCAUGAGUAAUACAUGAAUUAGAGUUACAUAAAAUGCUUAGCACAGUAGGCACUCAAAAUAAAUGUUAAUUGCCUUCUUUUCUAUGUAAGUGUCUAAAACUAUUUGUCCCCUUUAUUACCUUUAUUUCUGGUGACUCUGCAGUUGUGGCUCCAGCCAGACAGCUUGUUCUGACAAGGGCUUCCCUCAGUCCUCUCACACACAUGGCAGGCUGUUCCAUCAUCUGGGAUGUUGUCCUGUCUCCUGUGUUAAAGGCUAGUAUGGUCCUUGGACCACUGCCACAGAAUGACCUGAGAGCUGAUUCUGUGAAAUCCACCUUCUGAAUCGGACCCUGGGAUGCUUGGUCUGGAAUAAUCUGGAGGUCUGCAUUUUUAAUAAGUGCUCCGGGUGAUGAUCAGGCACAUUAAAGUUUGUCAUGACUGUUUUAAUUUAUUCCUGUCUGGACCAUCUCUUCCAGGAAGUCUGCUCAGACUCCUCCCGACCCGCUACCCCCGCCCCACCCCGAGAAGCACUCUGAUACCCAGAGUGCUCCUUCCCUGUGUCUGGUUCUGAGUGUCUGGGGCAGAGUCACCUCGGGUUCUGCUGGGUCUGCCCCUCCCAGGACUAGGACUGGGGAACUCCAAAGGACAGAUGCCCCGGUCUCUCUUUCCUCUUGUCACCCUGGUUCCUCCUGAGUGUAGGGUCUCCUGGGAUGCUGUAGGAAAUGAGACACUUUGGUUCUAAAGUCCUUGGAAUCCUAUUUCCUUCUACAGAUACUUGGGAGAACUUAGCUUUUCUCUCUUCCUGCCAUUCUACUUGGGAUUUUUCGAGAUGGUAUAGAAAAUUGCAUUACUGUGUCACAUCAGCCUUUGCUUUUCCCGUCCCGUCUCACCCCACAGGAUGUGCUAGGUGUGGGCUGGCCCCCAUCCCACCCUGACAAGUCACCAUGGAUCCUGGAGCCGGGCCAGAGUCAUCUCUGACUGUCAAUGAGCAGGUCAUCGUGAUGUCAGGCCAUGAGACCAUCCGAGUGCUGGAGGUUGGAGUGGAUGCCCAGAUCCCUGCUGAGGAGGAGAGCAAAGGACUGGAGGGUGUGGCCAGCAAGGGAUCCCAGAGCAGAGGCCCUGCUGAAGCCAGUGAACCUGCUGCUGAAGCUGGACCAGACAACCCAGACUCUUCUGCAGAGGCAACUGUGAAGUCACUCCCGGGGAUCGCUCCAAGCCCUGCCCCUGCUGUUGCCACCUUCAGCCAAGCCCCAAGCCAGCCUCAGUCCUCGCAGACCCUGACGCCACUGGCUGUACAAGCUGCCCCCCAGGUCUUGACUCAGGAAAACUUAGCCACAGUUCUGACAGGAGUUAUGGUUCCAGCAGGGGCAGUUACUCAACCUCUUCUUAUCCCCAUCAGUAUUGCAGGUCAAGUGGCUGGUCAGCAGGGGCUGGCCGUGUGGACAAUUCCUACAGCAACCGUGGCUGCCCUCCCAGGACUGACCGCUGCUUCUCCCACGGGGGCAAUUUUCAAGCCACCUUUAGCCGGUCUCCAAGCAGCUGCCGUGCUGAACGCCACUCUCCCGGCACCCGUUCAAGCUGCCGCACCAGUACAGGCCUCCUCGCCCGCCCAGCCCCGGCCACCAGCCCAGCCCCAGACGCUGUUCCAGACCCAGCCGCUGCUGCAGACCACACCUGCCAUUCUACCGCAGCCCACUGCUGCCACCGCUACUGCCCCCACCCCCAAGCCAGUGGACACCCCCUCACAGAUCACCGUCCAGCCUGCAGGCUUCGCAUUUAGCCCAGGAAUCAUCAGUGCUGCUUCCCUCGGGGGACAGACCCAGAUCCUGGGCUCCCUCACCACAACUCCGGUCAUUGCCAACGCCAUUCCCAGCAUGCCGGGGAUCAGCAGUCAGAUCCUCACCAACGCUCAGGGACAGGUUAUUGGAACACUUCCAUGGGUAGUGAACUCCGCUAGCGUGGCAGCCCCAGCACCAGCCCAGAGCCUGCAGGUCCAGGCUGUGACCCCUCAGCUGUUGUUGAACGCCCAGGGCCAGGUGAUUGCGACCCUGGCCAGCAGCCCCCUGCCUCCACCUGUGGCUGUCCGGAAGCCGAGCACACCUGAGUCCCCUGCUAAGAGUGAGGUGCAGCCCAUCCAGCCCACUCCAGCUGUGCCCCCGCCUGCUGUGGUGAUCGCCAGCCCAGCCCCCGCGGCCAAGCCAUCUGCCUCUGCUCCCAUCCCAAUUACCUGCUCAGAGACCCCUACGGUCAGCCAGUUGGUGUCCAAGCCACAUACCCCGAGUCUGGAUGAGGAUGGGAUCAACUUAGAAGAGAUCCGGGAGUUUGCCAAGAACUUUAAGAUCCGGCGGCUAUCCCUGGGCCUCACACAAACCCAGGUGGGUCAGGCUCUGACUGCAACAGAAGGCCCAGCCUACAGCCAGUCAGCUAUCUGCCGGUUCGAGAAGCUGGACAUCACGCCCAAGAGUGCCCAGAAGCUGAAGCCGGUGCUGGAGAAGUGGCUGAAUGAAGCUGAACUCCGGAACCAGGAAGGCCAGCAGAACCUGAUGGAGUUUGUAGGAGGUGAGCCCUCUAAGAAACGCAAACGCCGCACCUCCUUCACCCCCCAGGCCAUAGAGGCUCUCAAUGCCUACUUCGAGAAGAACCCACUGCCCACAGGCCAGGAGAUCACUGAGAUUGCUAAGGAGCUCAACUACGACCGGGAGGUCGUGCGGGUCUGGUUCUGCAAUCGGCGUCAGACGCUCAAGAACACCAGCAAGCUGAAUGUCUUUCAGAUCCCUUAAGGCUCAGCCCCCAGCCCUGUGUUCCAGCACUUUGUACUUUUCCCUUUGGCACCUGGCUGCAGCCACUGCUGUGACAGCACCUGUCAUUCUGCCAUGUGUGGCUGUGCUUGUCCUGGGUCAUGAGACUUCCCUGUGUGCAUGUGCGUCAGCUGCCUCCCUCCUCUUUCCCACAUAUCUCACAUCAUCAGGAUGGCAGAGGGCCCACCGAGAGCUCUAGGCUCAGGGCAGGUCACACUGAGGGAGGGGAUCUGUGGUGUCACUUAUAGAAGCACUUUGCUAAUGUGGUUUUCGAAGGGUGAAUUCUGGUUGGGAACCAGAAACUCCCCGUCUUUGGGGCAGGGCUGCAGUGGCCCCUAAAGACCACUGGCCAUUAGCUUUUGUUUUCCAUGGCAUUCUUUCUCCACCCUCUCUUCUCCUUUGCUCCUCUGUGUGAGUGUGGCGGGUAUGGCAGCUCAUCCAGUGGAACCACAGCCUCACCCCCCACCCCCAUUGCCUGCAGGCACACUGUCCCCUGAAGGGACCCAAGAGACACAAUUCCAAAAAGCGUGAUGUGCUGCUUGGAAAGUCAGACUCAGAGUCUGCCUUGACCUCAAGGUCAGAAGGUUCCCACACCCCUGGGGCCAGAACAUGGUGUCUCCUUUCCCACAUCUCCCUGGUUCCUUUGGGGGGAAAAUUGCACUAAAGCAGAACCCGUUCUUUUGUAAUCCCUGUUGGAAGGAAGCAACAGUGAACUUUAGCUGUCCUGGAGUUGACCUGGGUCUGCAGCAGGUCGGGAACUUAGUAAAUAAGGCCACCCUCCCAGAUUUUGAUCUAAUCUCUCUGUCCAUGGCCAUCUCCCCUCAAAACAGUGUUGCUAAGAGAACUUGCUGCCCAGAAAAUCUAACUGCCCAACUAAGCAGGCACUCUGCAGAAAAAUGAAAGGAAUGCUGACUCUCUUUCUCUGGUCCUCACACUCACCUCCAACCCAGUACUGAGGCCUUCUCAGAAGGGGCAAAUUAAACAAUAAACCAGAGAGCAAGGCCCAGGAGGAAAGGCCAACAUCCAGAAAGAGCUGAUGGCAGCCCAGGAAAGUGUCUUGUGGGAGGUGAUGUAACUCUAAUUUUCUUUGUAACUUUAAGCCUUGAGUGCUGAAGGAGAAGUCUUAUUUUGUCGAGCCUGAGACCACGUGUUUGUGUAAGCAAUCCCCCCUGUGCGCCCCUGGUCAAGAAUACCCCUGGAGCAGGAUGGGUUUUGCCUCUAGAGAGGGUAGCUAUGGUACGUCAAGGGUUGGCAUCUCAUCUGAGCUGCUGAGUGAGUUCCCCAGCCCCACGGUGGCUGGACAGCCCCUGGAACUCAGCAUGUGACUCCAGGAGGUCGGGAGAGCACUGAGAGGUUUGCUUAGUUGAGCCCAGACUUGCUGUG